AUGAAGUGGCAGUUUAAAGAAGAACACACAUUAGAGCAAAGGCGACAAGAAUCGGCGAAAAUUAGAGCCAAAUACCCAGACCGAAUCCCGGUGGUGGUUGAAAAAGCAGCAAAGUCUAGUAUCCCUGAUAUCGAUAAAAGAAAAUUUUUAGUGCCAUCGGAUCUGACAGUUGCCCAGUUUAUGUAUAUCAUCAGGAAAAGAAUUCAACUACCUCCAGAAAAGGCUAUGUUCCUGUUUGUCAACAAGAUAUUGCCAACAACAAGUUCGACAAUGGGUGCAAUUUAUGAAGAACAUAAAGAUGAAGAUGGAUUCCUAUACAUAGCAUAUAGCGGAGAAAAUACCUUUGGUACCGAUUAAGCCUGUACCGAAAACAUUACCUGACCACGAACAGAAAAAAAGGACAUUGUUACUGAAUCAUACUUUUAUUAGAAUCAGCUGAAUGAAAGCUAUUACUUUCCUAGUCAUGAACAACAAUCGUCUAUAAUUAAAUUAAUUCAGUGAUACUGUAUAGGUUAUACUAUAUUACUUUAUUUAGC